AUGGCUUCGCUUCGGCCGUGGAGCGCUUCGUUGCGCCUCGCCGCUGUCGCGAGGACGACGGUGCGACACAGCUCGUCCAGCAGCUCAACCUCGGCCAUCGCCUACAAGGCCCUGCGACGCCGCUCGGCUCCCCUUCCCAUCACUGACACGCCGCCUGCCUGGUCCGCGCAGGCCGCCGUCUCCAACAUCCUCUAUGAGACGCCCACGCCGUCCAUGGCGCCUCCGAAGCGUCACAUCCUCAACUGCCUGGUCCAGAACGAGCCCGGUGUGCUGUCCCGGCUGUCCGGUAUCCUCGCUGCCCGAGGCUUCAACAUCGAUUCACUAGUCGUUUGCAACACCGAAGUGGAGGAUCUUUCUCGCAUGACCAUUGUCCUGACCGGCCAGGACGGCGUCGUCGAGCAAGCCAGGCGACAGCUGGAGGACUUGGUGCCUGUUUGGGCUGUCUUGGACUACAGCAACGCCGCCCUGGUCCAGCGUGAGCUGCUUCUCGCCAAGGUCAACAUCCUUGGACCCGAGUACUUUGAGGAGCUGCUGGCCCACCACCGCGAGAUGAGCAACGGCGAGUCAGCCAGCGAGAAUGGCAACGAGUACGAGCGGACGCUCGAGGAGUCGGCCAAUGACUUCCACCCUAGCAAGCUGGCUGCCAGUGAGGCCCUCCGGCACAAGCACGAGCACUUGAAGACUAUUACCUACUUUACCCACCAGUUCGGUGGCAAGGUGUUGGAUAUUAGCACUACGAGCUGCAUCGUCGAAGUUUCUGCCAAGCCUUCGAGAAUCGAUUCCUUCAUGAAGCUGGUUGCUCCCUUUGGCAUCCUCGAGUCUGCCCGUACUGGCCUGAUGGCGCUGCCCCGAUCGCCUCUGCAUAAGCACAACGAAGAGGCCAUUAUCAAGGAAGCCGACGAGGUUGUUGAUGCUAGCCAGCUGCCUCCUGGUUAA